AUGUCCGAACCUAGACUCGUCGAUUCCUACACGGCGCCGAAGGAGGUGCUGCAGGAGUUCGCAGAGAUGGCCGAGGAAGAGGACAUCGACCCCUUCGCAGAGACGGCGAAGCAGCGGCAGAUCGCAGCGCGCCAGUCCGACUACCACAAUCGUCGGUUCAACCGCCAGGCGCACGAUAGUGCCGACGCUUUCAAGGCCGUGGUCGAAGGAGAGGACGUCGAGGGAGGCUACAAGGAUGCGAUGAGGCUGCAACGCCUGGAGAAGGAGGAGGAGCGGGUGCGGAGGGCGAUCGAGGAGAAGGAGAGACAGGAGCGGGAGGAGGGGCAGCAGAAGAUGGACCUCGACAAGACACCGCCGCGCGCGGAGAUUGAGGAGGCGCAGAAUGAGCUUGCCGCUAUGCAGGGCACGAAGCGCAAGCGGCGCUGGGACAUCGCAGAGCCCGAGUCAGAGAAGGAGAACAAGGAGGUCAAGGGUGAGUGGUCCCAAGAGGCUCUCGAGGGCGCUGCGCCGAAGAAGCGGCGUUCUAGAUGGGACGCGACUCCCGCCGACGUCGCAGCGGAGACUCCGAGUGGGAAGAGGUCGCGCUGGGACCAAGCCCCGGCCGCUGCUCCGGAGGUCCCGAUGACGCCAAUCAUCAUGAACGCCCCGGGUCUCAUGCACGAGGACAAGCACAACCGGUACCUCACGGACGAGGAGCUCGACGCUAUCCUUCCCUCUGCUGGCUAUGCUAUCGUCACCCCCCCUCCUGGCUACGCUCCCCUCAUCCGGCCGCCGAAGCUCUCUGGUCCCUCCGUCACCGAGGUCGGGGGUUUCCAAAUACAAGAGAGCUCGGAUGCAGCAGCCGCAGCCGCAGCUGCUGGUCUUGCGCCUGAACUUCCCACCGAAAUCCCUGGUGUCGGUAACUUGGCCUUCUUCAAGCCUGAAGAUGCGCAGUAUUUUGCGAAGAUCCUCAAGGAGGAGGACGAGACGGAGCUAUCGGUAGACGAGAUGAAGGAGCGCAAAAUCAUGCGCUUGCUUCUGAAAAUCAAGAACGGUACGCCUCCCGUCCGUAAGACCGCCCUUCGUCAGAUCACCGACAAGGCUCGUGACUUCGGCGCUGGUCCUCUCUUCGACAAGAUCCUCCCUCUUCUCAUGGAGCGUACCCUCGAGGAUCAGGAACGGCACCUGCUCGUCAAGGUCAUUGACCGUGUCCUUUACAAGCUGGACGACCUCGUUCGCCCGUACGUGCACAAGAUCCUAGUCGUCAUCGAGCCAUUGCUCAUCGACGAGGAUUACUAUGCUCGUGUCGAAGGUCGUGAGAUCAUCUCCAACCUGUCGAAAGCUGCCGGUCUAGCGCACAUGAUCUCCACCAUGCGUCCUGAUAUCGACCACGCCGACGAGUAUGUCCGCAACACCACCGCACGCGCGUUCUCCGUUGUCGCAUCGGCUCUCGGUAUUCCUUCCCUGCUCCCCUUCCUGAAGGCGGUCUGUCGCAGUAAGAAGUCAUGGCAGGCUCGUCAUACCGGUAUCCGUAUUGUGCAGCAAAUCGCCAUCAUGAUGGGUUGCGCCGUCCUGCCUCACUUGCGCAACCUCGUUGAGUGCAUUGCUCACGGUCUUCAGGACGAACAAACAAAGGUUCGGACGAUGACUGCCCUGGCCCUGGCUGCCUUGGCGGAGGCCUCUGCGCCGUACGGUAUCGAAUCUUUUGAUAACGUCCUCAAGCCGCUCUGGGUCGGUAUCCGUCUCCACCGUGGCAAGUCUCUCGCAGCGUUCCUGAAAGCCAUCGGUUUCAUCCUCCCGCUCAUGGACCCGGAGUACGUCUCGUACUAUAUCAAGGAAGUCACCAUCAUCCUCAUCCGCGAGUUCCAAACGUCGGACGAGGAGAUGAAGAAGAUCGUCCUGAAGGUCGUGCAGCAGUGUGCGGCGACCGAGGGCGUCACGGCCCAGUACAUCAAACAGGACAUCUUACCCGACUUCUUCAAGGCGUUCUGGGUCCGCCGCAUGGCCCUCGACCGGAGGAAUUACCGUCAGGUUGUCGAGACCACCGUCGAGCUUGCGCAGAAGGCGGGUGUGGCGGAGAUCGUGGGGAGGAUCGUCAACGAGCUCAAGGACGAGGCGGAGCCGUACCGCAAGAUGGUUAUGGAGACCAUCACCAAGGUUGUCGCGUCCCUCGGUGCCUCGGACAUCGACGAACGUCUGGAAGUUCGUCUGGUCGAUGGUAUCAUCUACGCGUUCCAGGAGCAGACAACGGAGGAUCAGGUCAUGUUGGACGGGUUCGGCACCGUCGUCAACGCACUCGGCAUCCGAGUCAAGCCAUACCUGACUCAAAUUGUCUCGACCAUUCUCUGGCGUUUGAACAACAAGAGCGCCAAGGUCCGUCAGCAGGCCGCCGACCUCACCACCCGUCUCGCCGUCGUCAUCAAGCAAUGUGGCGAAGAUCAGUUGCUGAGCAAGCUCGGCCUCGUCCUGUUCGAGCAGCUCGGUGAGGAGUAUCCGGAUACGCUCGGCAGUAUCAUUGCUGCCGAGGGCGCGAUUGCAAACGUCGUCGGUAUGACGCAAAUGAACCCGCCCGUAAAGGAUCUCUUGCCCCGUAUGACGCCCAUCCUGCGCAACCGUCACGAGAAGGUGCAGGAAGCCACCAUCAACCUGAUUGGUCGUAUCGCAGAUCGUGGCGCGGAGUUUGUCCCCGCCCGGGAGUGGAUGCGAAUCUGCUUCGAGUUGCUCGACCUUCUCAAGGCGCACAAGAAGGGUAUCCGUCGUGCGGCCGUCAACUCUUUUGGCUAUAUCGCGAAGAGUUUGGGUCCCCAGGAUGUCCUUCAGGUGCUGCUGACGAACCUGCGCGUGCAAGAGCGUCAAUCGCGUGUCUGCAGUACCGUCGCUAUCGCCAUCGUCGCGGAGACUUGCGGUCCUUUCACCUGCAUUCCUGCCAUUCUCAACGAGUAUCGUACUGCGGAGCUCAACGUCCGUACGGGUUGUUUGAAGGCCCUGUCCUUCGUUUUCGAAUACGUCGGACCGCAGUCGGCGUACUACGCCGACUCCGUCGUCACAAUGCUCGAGGACGCCCUCACCGACCGCGAUCUCGUUCACCGACAGACUGCGAGUACUAUCGUCAAGCAUUUGGCCCUCGGUGUCGCUGGACUUGGCUGCGAAGACUCGAUGCUUCACCUCAUGAACCUAGUCUGGCCGAACUGUUUCGAGACGUCCCCGCACGUCAUCGGCGCGGUUAUGGAAGCCAUCGAGGCGAUGCGCGUCACCCUCGGCCCAGGCGUUCUCCUCAGCUACGUCCUCCAGGGCUUGUUUCACCCUGCGAGGAAGGUCCGGGAGGUGUAUUGGAGGAUAUAUAACUCGCUCUACCUCGGUGCAGAGGACGCGCUCGUGCCGUUCUACCCCGACCUCGGUGAGCUGAGCGAGGGGCAAAAUGUAUAUGACCGUCAGCCUCUGCAGAUGUUCAUAUGA